UCUAGUGCGGGCACCAACUUCGUAGUAAUGAGAAUACUUCCUUGUUUAUUCCUCCGUCGGAAACCGUGGUAAACAGACCUCUGGAUGAUUACAAGUUAUGAAGUCGUUCUCAGAAAUAUGGUAUUUGUUUCUGCUCGUCAAUGUUCAGCUUCUUGUCCGGAAAGGAGGUACCACCAUCACAUGGACUAAACCCACUCCACCACACACCCAAAAAGGCAACACAAUCCGAACCACAACAAAAGGCUUUAAGAGCAGUGUUUCUGAAAUACAGUUGGAAUGGCAGAUCACUGUAUCACCUGGGGAACUGGCGAGUGUGUCAUGGUUGAUUAAUGGCAAUAUUAUAGGUAUAAAAAAUCCAAAUGGGAAAUUAACUGUUGCUCCAAGGUAUCAAACUGAGUUCAGGAUCAGUCCCACUGAUCAAGCAACCUUAAUUGCCAAUAAUGUGACAGCAGCUGAUGGGAAAACAUUUAAUUGUGAAGUCCAACUCACUGACCUUACACGCUGGAAUGAUAAAAUCAAAGUGGUGAUUUAUGUUUCAGCAAAAGUCACUGAAAUUAAAGGUGAACAAACUGUUCAUGAAGGGGGCAACCUGCAGUUAACUUGCGAAGCAUCAGGUAAACCAGACGUAAAGAUCACCUGGACCAAAGAGAAGACAGGGAACCAAGGAAAUACGGGUAUGCUGCAAGAAGGAAAGGUGCUGACCAUAACAAAAAUUAGCAGGAAUGAUUCAGGAACAUUCAACUGUACAGCAUAUAAUGGUUUUGGUGAAGCAGAGAGCCAAACAGUCUUUGUGAAUGUUACUUAUCCUGCGAAGAUUUUUCAUUUCACCACUGAUUAUUAUGUUGAUGUUCAACAAAGUGUAACUCUUAACUGUGAAGCAGAAGGAAACCCACCACCUACUUAUACUUGGAUUCCAUGUGACUCUGAGCAAGUUUGUGGCGAGAACACUCUUGAUAUUCCACAAGUCCAUAAUGAUACCAGCUAUACUUGCAGAGUGGCCAAUGCACUUGGACUCGAUUCAAAAACUGCCAAUGUUUACAUUGGAGGAAAGGUAAUUAACAUAACUAUUGUCAUCACAAGUGAAAGAUGUACGGAUGGAAAUUACAAGCAAUCCUUGUUACUGGACAAAUUUCAAAAACUGCUUAAAGAGACUUUUGCUGGUAAACCUGGCUACAAAGGAGUGCAAUCUAUAUUCGUGAGGUGUGGAAGUAUUAUUGUUGACCUUGUACUGAAAUUCAUCUCCACUGUAAGGGAACAAGAUGUUAUCACAACACUUAAUAACGCUGUGAAAGAUGGAAAGUUGGGAGAGUUUAAUGUGAGCUCCAUAAAAGGAAAAAGACCUAAUUUUGAACCGACAGGUGGAGGUGUCCUAACACCACCAGAGGGGCCCUCCAUGGAGUUGCCAAGUGGGACGAAAACAGGUACCUUAACUAUUAUUGUUGGUGCAUUGUUUGGAUCAGUUGCUGCACUGGCUGUUUCUGGAGUAUUAGUAUGGUGGAUGUGCAGGAAAAGGAGGCUCAACACGAAACGCACUGAAGAGGUGACGAUGAGCGGAAGAACAUUUGAAAAUUCGAGUAAUGAAAGAAGAGGAGUUUCAGAUAUUGCAGUCGAAAUACCAAAACCUCCUCAAAGCCAAUACAUGGCACUAGAUAACAGAUCUCGUUCAGAAGUGAUGGCAGAUGUCAGUCCACUGAGUUGUGAACAAAUCAGCGAGUAUGCCUCUCUAAAUCCAUACACACGCUCCUGGGAGAUUCCUAGAGAACAUGUGACAAUAAAGCAGAUCGUUGGAAAAGGUAAUUUUGGUCAGGUUGCCAAGGCAACAGCCAUUAACCUACAAGGAAGAGCCAAGAAGACACUCGUAGCGGUUAAAAUGUUGAAAGAAAACGCUUCUGAAUCAGAGAGGAAAGAUUUGCUGUCUGAACUUGAAUUGAUGAAACAACUUAAACCUCAUCCUUACAUCAUCAAACUCCUGGGAUAUGUUACAAAAUCUGAGCCACUGUUGGUGUUGAUCGAAUAUGUUCCUUUUGGGGAUCUAUUGGGUUACCUGAGGAAGAGCCGUGGAUUAAAUGACACUUACUACAAAGACCCGGAUUUCAAACCACAAACAAAUCUGACGUCACAGCAGCUAAUGAAGUUUGCUUGGCAAAUUGCUGAUGGAAUGUCCUAUUUGUCAUCGAUACCAGUUAUUCAUCGAGAUCUUGCAGCUCGAAAUGUGUUGGUUGGAGAAGAGGAAACGUGCAAAGUGACGGACUUUGGAAUGGCCAGAGAUGUGCAAGAGGACAACAUUUACGAAAGAAAAACCAGGGGGCGUCUCCCUGUGAAAUGGACUGCUAUUGAGGCGCUGCUCUACGGAAAAUAUUCUACAAGAAGUGAUGUGUGGAGCUAUGGAGUUCUACUCUAUGAGAUUUUCACGAUUGGUGGCUCGCCGUAUCCGCGGAUGGAUGGAAGAAAGAUUGCAAACUUACUUCAAGAGGGAUACAGAAUGCCUAAACCACGACAUGUGGAUCAUGAUUUGUACGACAUAAUGACAAAAUGUUGGAAGGACGACCCUACCUUGAGACCAUCCUUUGAUGAUUUGAGGAAUGAACUCAGAGAAAUGGAAAAUCAGUACAAGAGGCUGAUAAACUUAAAAAAUUACGACGAUCGACUAUACGUUAAUGUUGAGGAUCUAGCCGAGUAAGCCAGCAAAUCCUCAGGCAGGAAAGGAUGGAGUGACGGAUAUUGUAGCCCCAAUAAGAUUAUCUUCUAUUUUCCUCACAUCUUUCACAUUAACUCUUAACUCUUUGCCGAGUAAGCAAAUCUAAAAAACAAGCUGUUCAACAGUAAAGCGAGUCAAAGUGCAGCUUUCAUUUGUUUUUAUAUAUAUUUUUGUAAUUUUUAGUCUUGAAAAGAAAAACGAUUUUGUAUAUAUAUCUU